AUUCUGGGAUGUCUGGGCCUCCAGGGAGUGAUCACCUCUGACUCUGAUGGAUACGGACUGGCUAUGACCAAUGACAACAGUGGGUACAUUGUCAGACAGAGACGGUACCCCAAGACGAGCAUUGAAAUACCACGGAGUCUUGAAAUGGACGAAAUAAAAAUCAACGUAGUGCCAACCAGCAGUAAAGUAAUUUCAGCCCCAACCAUGGUCCGACUCUACCUGCCACCGGUCAAGCCGUCACGCAUUCACGCCACCCUACCGCUUCGCUUCGGACGGGACUUUCAACCUGAUGACACCCAUUCACCCAAAUCCACUCUGAACUUACCGCAGCGGUUUGGAAGAUCACAAGCUUCUGGUGCAACGAUUCCGACGUCGUGUAGUGAAUGUUCCCGGGUCGGGUCAGCGCCUUCCGCCACACUGCCACAGAGGUUUGGCAGGAAAGAGUUCUACCGAAGGUAUCUUUUCCGAGCCAUGGCGUGUUUCUCAGGCAUCCCCGAACCGGUGCCAAAUGGAAAGGUUGGGUAUCAAGACUAUAGCUAUUAUGAUUUAGACUCAGAUGAAGAGGAGACAGGAGAGAAGACUUUGAAGCGCUCAAAGUUGGAUUUACUUCGCUGGAGCUUUUGAACUCGGUCACAACCGAACAACGUGUCUUUGCUUGUGCUUUUUCCUGUUAAUUAGCUAACAUGUUUUGCUAUGUAUUGCUAACGUGGUGCCAUAUUGUUAAUGAAAAAUGGGAAGCAAAAAACGUAUUAUAAGUUUGAUUAAUUGGUUACAGAACCGUACCAUAUAUUGGCCAUAUUGAUAGCUAUUGAUAGCUUUCAGUUGUGGUUGUUCAAUAGACUGACCAAUCACAGAUACAUCGCACCGGAUUGCGAUGUAUCUGUUGUGAUGUAUCUGUAGUUGUAUUACCCAAUAAUUACUUUCACUUAUGGUAAUUGCUUUUAUUUACUUUCUUUUUAUGUUAUCGGUUAGCAUACACCACUUUGUUGUUGGUCAUUGUGAUGAUAAAGUAUGACAAU